CUGUCUAGCAUCCCUUGCAAUCGCAGUCGACCUGUUGUUAGUGAUAUACGUACACUUCAAUUUAGGGCCUAAAUUUAAAGUAGUCAGAAAAUCUAAGUGCGGUGUAAUUGAAUGCUGACAGAGGGAUAAAGGAAGCUGAAUUUGUGCAGUGCAUUUCUUUGAUUGUUUGGAUACCCCUUUCCACGGAGCGAGAUGCAUUGUUUUAUAUAAUACGGCGUACCAAAUUGGUCGAUUGAGACACUUUUAGAUACCUACCAAAAUGACAGAGGACAAUGGCAACGUAAGUCUUUUGAAGCCCACAUCCAGUAGCGAAGACCUCAGCGAAUAUACGGACGCCGACGAAAGUAUUUCCGCUCCAACGGAGUUUUUAGCUGAGUUCUUGUCGGCAGUCAUGUUAAAGGAUUACGAGACGGCGUUAAAGUAUUGCAAACUUAUUUUACAGUAUGAGCCUAAUAAUGGAACUGCGAAGGAAUUUUACCCACUUAUUAUUGCCAAAUUACAACAAAAUAAGUACAAUGGAAAUCACGAGGACGAGCAUAACAGUGACGGGGAAGAGGAAGAGGAAGACAGCUCGAGCAGUAAUAGCAGUUCCGAGAGUGAUUCGUCAGAAGGAAGUAGUGAGGAACAAGAAGAACAAGAAGUUGAACAAGGGGCCGAUAAACGAUCAAAAGGCUCUUCAGAUGGUACCACCGGCAGUUAUUCAAGCUUAGAGGACGACGAGGCAGAACUUGAUCAGUUAGCCGCACUUGCGGCAAAAUAUCACGUCGAUAAUGCAGAUUUUGGGAAUGGAAACAAGAUCUAUGGAAGUGUAAACUUAAAGCCAAUGUUUGAUUCUAAACGCGGCGAUAACAUCAAAUCUACAAUCGACCACGUACCGUUUGGGACAAGUUCCGAUUCAGAGUCGCCCACAGAACCUGUCACUCAACAAACUAUUGCAAUGUUACGGGCCAAAGUGGUGCCAACCAAACAUUAAAAGAACCGUCUGCCUAGUAUACCGACCUACAACAAUUUUAGUAUUAGUUUUAGACAUUCAAAAUUUUGAAUAUAGACGUGUGUAUAACUUAUUUCAUAAUGCCCAGAUUAUUUCAAAUUGUAAAUAGUUUAUAUGAAUUGAGGCUAAAUGUUAUUAUGCCAUUUGAAUGGACUGAAGGGAGUUUUAGUUACAUUUGUACCUGCGGCCAGAGGAACACUAAUGUCAUUGCCAACAAAAAAGAUUAAUCUGGUUAUCAAUCAUUUCACUCUUAAAGAACGCAAACAAGACCGAUGUUUACGAUCUAGUGGUCAAAGUUAUGAAAGUAAUUGGCAACCUUACCUAACCUACCAAGAAUCAUAAAUAUUUGGCAGUCAAACUACAUUGGAAAUACAAUGAUUCUGAAUCUGCAAAUAAAGAUUUUAUUUAUAAGGGAUGCUCAAAUCAAGAAAAAAAAGGUUGCUCAUUGCGUAGGUACCUACUAACCUUGCCACUAUUACAAUCAUCAUUUUGCGGAAAAAACAAUAUUUUAUUAAUUCAUCUAAACAUGACAAUACAUUGUUUGUUAAUAAUAAAACUAUGCUUCCAUCUCGUUAGCCGCUGAAUAUUAAUAUGUAUUUAUGUGUCUUCUUCAAGGAAAAGGUUUAUAAUUACCUUUUGCGGUACUUCUAUAGUUUCUUCUACAGACAACGUACAUUCUGACUGAAAUAACGAUUAUUUUACUUAUUAAAGUACCUACUAACGCAGGUUCUAAAGUUAGUAAUGCUAAGGACUUAGGUAGUUUUAAACAUAAAGUACCUUUUAAAGUGUCUCAAUGUUGUAGAUUAAAGACAAAUACUUGUUGCAGUUGCAUAACAUACUUAUCAAUACUCCUUGUCUCGUUAUCAUGAUGUAAUAAUGGGAGGCAGUAUGUAUAUUUUUGUAUGUUUUUGUAAGUAGAGUGUAGUCACUUGGUAAUUUACUUGACCAAAAAUCAUUUCUGUAUAAACACUAAUGCCAAAUUUACUUCCAGUUUUGUUCAUAUUUUUGAUGGUAUUGCAAAAUACUGUAGAGAUGAACCUUGGAACUUUUAUCCAAAUGCAGUAGAUUAAUUGUGGAGAAUUUAGUUUUUCGACAUUUUUCACUCGCUUCUGUAAAGUUAAAUUCGCCACAAUUACUGUAGAUUAACGUAAAAUAACUUAAGACUGACUGGAAUAGAUUUAGUAAUAGUUUUUGUCAAUGACAUAUCGCGACACAUGGUACAUGUAAAAGAACCAAAUGAAAAAAAUUGAAACCUAAGCACCAUUGGACAAAUAGGAUUAGAACACAAAUAUACUGAUAUUUGUAAUAGAUUUCAUUUAUUUCCUCUUCUUGAUCGCAAUGUCAGUUGUUUUAAUAGACACUAGGUACUAAUGCAUUACCUACAAUUUCGAAAUAACUUUUUACCCGUGUAAUGUUAAAACCAUUCACAGGUAAGGUGCAAGCAAGGUAAAAACAGUUUAUAAACUUUGUACGAUGCCUACUAUCAUACCGCUCUGAAUACAAUUAACAAGAAAAUAGGUACAAUUUCAUUACAAAUAGGUAACAUGGCUAGAACAAAUACAACAUAAUUUUUUACCAAAUUCAUUACUUUGAAAAUAGGCUUAGUAGACCUAUUUACUGCUAAUUUCGUUAUCACGCUGUAAUAAAUAAUAUUUAGUAGGCGUAGUUAGUACCUGCGAAUUAGAAUUGAAAAUGAAACUUUUAGUGACCUAAACACAAAUGAUAGACGUUUUAGACAUUCAAGAACUGUAAGUAAUAAUUUGAUUUAGUGCUUUACAAUGUCUAUAUUUUGUGUGUUACAUGCAUUUUCAAUUCUCUAAUGACAAUACUCUCAUUUUGAUGCACUAUACAUAUAUUAUGAAAUAUGUAAAUAUAGUAGUAGCUGUGUGUUAAGGAGGUCCUUUUGAGUUUAUAUUCAAGUAUGAAUAACUUAAUCUAUUUUCUUAUAUAUAAUGUUAUUACCGCAAAUUUUACUAAGUGCUAUUACUUAGAAAGUUAUCUAUAUUUAGUUGAAAGUUUCUAAUAUUAUUUUGAUCGAAAAGGUGAUGAUAUGGAAUGGCGAGGCCUUGUAAUCUUGUGUCAUAAUACAAUGUAGACAGUUAUGCAAAAAUAUAGAGCAUAUCAUA